AUGUGCAAAAACCAGCAACCCGAAGAACGAUCUGAUUUACUAUUCCAAGCUAUCAACCUUUGUACAACCCUCUGCGAUGUCCUCGAACGUCUCGGUCAUUCUCGAUUCACUCAAUCUGACCAUCGACCCGCGGUAUCGAACGUUUACGAACUGGAAUCAACGCUACAUGAUCGACUUAGGCAACUCGAUGAGAAAAGGAAUGAAGCACUUGCUCCCGUAUCGCGGUUGCCAGACGAUAUUUUACGACUCAUCAUUCAGCACGGGCAUGAUGACGAACCGCAUGAGGUCUAUCCUAUCGGGAUCAGUCUCGUGCGACGUGUUUCUCACACGUCCCGUCGCUGGCGCACGAUCGUGCUCGAGAUGGCCAGCGUAUGGACGUACAUGCGGUUUUCCAGCCCGGCAUACCUUGCAGAUGAGGACUUCAAGCCGAUCCAUCCUUGCUACGGAAGUGCGAGGGCGCUGAACGACAUAUAUACCUGCAACCUCGAGCGUUCCAAGCAACACUUGCUCAAAGUGGAGCUACAGCUUCUACCGUACUAUGUGUUGCCAACGAUGAUGAAAGAAUAUUUGCAAUUCUGCUCAAACCGUGUCGCAGAGCUCACUCUCAAGGUGGAUGCUGCAAGCCCAGACGUCCUGAAGGCGAUCAUUCCAUGCAUUACUUACACAAGGAAAACGUUGCGUUGCCUCCGGCUUGAACUCCGUCAAUCUGUGGGCCUACCUGCGCCGACCAUGAACCUACCUGAUAUGUUUGGGGAGCUACUUUCUUGCGACCUUCCCCGGCUGGUCGAGGUUGAGUUAUACUGGCUUCCCCUCCCAUUGGGCCAUCGCCCCGAGUACAUCGCUUUCCUUCGAUGUCGCCGUUUGCUGCUGGAGAGUAAUCCCACGGACCAGUACACGGCGGCACGACUGCUUGCACUACUCAGGUGUGCCCCGCAGCUUGAACAACUCCAUUUGAACACGCUCCUAUCACCAGACUUCGAAGUUGCCGAUCCCGAAGUACAAUUGCCGCAUGUACUGCUACCAGAACUCCGGAGUAUCAGCUGCAGUUCCACAUUUCGUGCUCGCGACACGUUCGGACGUCUUCUCACGCCAAAGCUCGAAAGUCUUUCGAUGAAUGUUCGCGGUGGGUUUCAGUCACAUGAGAGGCAAGAAACCUACGUCGCGGACCUUCUAGAGUUCCUUGCCGCGUCCUCGGUGCAGAAUGGUGCGCCUCUCCCCGUGAAGCAACUCACCAUAGAAGGUCCAAUACUGAAGAAUCUCGAAAGAAUAGCCCUUAUCAUCCCGGGAAUAGAAACUCUCCGAGCUUCCUUUGAUCACGAGUGGGACUUUGGCGAGGAGCAGGACUACAGCGAAGUGCUGAACAAGUUGGUGCCAACCGAGUACUCGGCGAGCGAAUCUCAAGACGUUGCCCAAUCCCCACUUCUUUGCCCACAGUUGAAAGUACUGGAGUCCCUGUCAUUGGCAACACCACGCCACAUCCAAUCGCUGAUGACCUUCGCAGCCCGCCGUCGUUCCUGUGGGAAUCCUCUGACUCGAAUACGCAUACUCGAUUGGGCGCCCGUCUCAAACCCUACAUUGGGGAUGCCAGCAAAUCCGUCAGAUCAAUACAGGCUUGAGAAAGAGCUAGCGAAGGAGGUCGAAGUGCUUGAGUGUGGGAAUUUCAGGUGGGAAUGGACGGAGGGUGGUCGAUGGCGUAGGGAACGAACAGUCAGGCGGAGUGAGUGGGGACGAGAUCGAGGGUGGUUUUCAGCAUGA